AUGAAAAAAGGUCAUGUUGGUAAAGCGGCCCCACUUGCACAAAAGGGUUACCCCCGUAAGUUUAUCUCAGAAACGCAGACUGCGACGGAUGGUUACCCACUGUACAGCCGUAGAAGCCCCGAUGAGGGCGGCAGAACUGUGACAGUUAAGGGGCACACUCUAGACAAUCGUUGGGUGGUGCCUUAUUGUCCGCUGAUGUUCAAGACUUUUGGAGCCCACAUAAACGUUGAAUACUUCCACUCGGUUAAGUCAAUAAAGUACAUCUGCAAGUACGUUAAUAAAGGCAGCGAUGCUGCCGUUUUCGGUAUCCGGCGCGACAAUUGCGUUGACGAGGUGGCCGAUUACGUGGCUGAACGCUACCUCAGCAGUAGCGAGGCCUUUUGGCGAAUUUUGGGAUUCCCCUAUACGCCAAAGGGCUCCAGUCAUUGUGCAGCUGCUGUUCACUUAGAAAAUGGACAGAGGAUGUACAUCACUGAACAAAACGCCCAGCAGGUUGGGAAAACCCAAAACACAACCCUAACGGCUUUCUUUUUAAAUUAUGCUCAACAGAUGCUUUUGCCAAACAUUGAUAUACCCCCAAGUCCCGUCCCUACUUCGUGUGGUCAAACAACCGGUGGGUUCGGCGAAAAGGCUGGCAACCCUGUCGAGGGUUAUCCUGAUGUAUGGUCUAACUCUUGCCUUGGACGCGUUUAUACUAUGCCCCCACCCACCAGCCAGCCAGCCAGCAGGAGUGCUUUUACCUCCGCCUUCUUCUUCAUAAAAUGGCUGGGCCAACUAGUUUCACAGAUAUUCGCACUGUCAACGGCAUAG